AUGGAGCGUUCUCAGACUCUACAUCAAUCUAUUGCGACCGAUUACACGCCCAGCAGCAGGCCCAUGCCAUGGAUCAAAUCGCCUCUCAAUGAGGUUGUGGGAAGGUCAUCACCAGAUUCAUCUGAACGCAACGAACCAUACAAUCUCGUGCCAGCUACCCCUCUAUUUAGGGAACACCAUGAAGCUAACAGUAUCGAACUAUUCUCUGACCUGUUCUUUGUCGCCAACCUCGCGACAUUCACUGCGAAUCACGACAUCGAAAACGCUCAGGCUCUGGGGUCCUAUAUCGGCUUUUUCACACUGCUUUGGUUCACAUGGCUUCAAACCUCGUUAUACGAUGUUCGUUUCUCAACCGACUCCAUCUGCUCCCGGAUAUUUUACGCCUUGUCGUUCGGCGUAAUGAUUGGCUUUGCUGUUGCCGGUCCAUUAUUUGAUACUGGCAAGGAAGGCUAUGUACCUGUAUGCUUUCGAAGCCUAAGUCUCAUUCUUAUGGCAUCACGUUUCUUUCUAGUGAUGCAGUAUGCUAUGGUGCUUUGGUACGUUAAAGAGUAUCCGAAGACGAUUGUGCCACUGGCUUUAAUUAUGGCAAUGCUGUUCACCUCGGCCAUGGUCUUUUUAGGCCUUUUCUUCGCGUUUACUGAUCAAGGUUCAAACCACGCGUACAUCGGGUGGUAUAUUGUCUGCUUCAUCGAAGCGAUAGUUGUUGUCAUCGUAUCCAGUAUCUGGCGUGUUCUAAGUUUUAAGCACACGCACCUCGUUGAACGCAUCGGUCUCCUAACUUUGAUCAUCAUGGGAGAAGGGAUCAUUGGUCUAACCAAGUCUGUGGCGAAGAUAUUGACUAAAUCUGGAGACAUCACGAGCAGUGAUCUUGGUACUAUUGUCGCUGGUGGCUUCCUCGUGUUCUUUCUGUGGGUGCUCUACUUUGAUCAGAUUGACCCAGAUAGAUUCGGAACCAUCGGAGUACAGAUUUGGACUCUCCUCCAUUAUCCACUUCACGUCGCUAUUCUACUCACCGUGGAAGGCAGUUCCAAAUUCAUUCUUUGGUGGACGCUAGUAGAGCGAUACCUGCAUGCGAACCGACUUCCAAAAGCCUUGAAUCUGGACAUAUCUACUUGCAUGGCUAUUCCAGACACCCAAAACGAGACAUCGGCUCUGCCAUAUGAAGCCCUCAGACCAAUCCAACCACCGGAGGCUAUCGACCUGUUCGUUACCGUCUUCUACUUCUUCUUCAUCGGCGCUGGCUGUGUCCUGAUCACGCUAGGCGUACUAUACUGGUGUGUUUUGACCUUCUUCGUUGUAAUCGUUGCGGAUAAUUAUCUCGUCUGGCAUAUCAAUAGAAAUACCUCGCCGCGAACACCGCACUUUCGAUCCGAGACCGAGUCUUCGGUCUAA